UAGUUCGAAAACCAUCGAUAUAUUUUCCCGCACGUGCGUUUGUUUUGUCUUGGCGAGAUUUUUUAAUUAGGAAAAUUAAGCUAAAAACAAUUACUUAGCAAGAUGAAGUGGACCACGGCGAAUCUUAAGCACCCCAAUUAUACAGCACAACAUGAAAUUUACGUGGGUACACACACAGGAUCUUUCAAACACCUGCUGCCGGCUUCGGAGAAGAGCCCACAUGGACAGAGAAACCUCAGUGAUUUGAAAGACUUGGACAAAGAAUCCCGCGUCACUGCUCUGGCGUUCGGCAACGAGGCGCGAACAGAAAUUCUGCUUGGCCGAGCCAAAAACAUCGCCGAACUGCAUUCCAUUGGGGAAGGAGGCUUCUCCGUGCGAAAUGUGGCUUUCAGCGCAGCUCCCAUUGUUGGUCUGGCGCGCUUCAACGACAAACUGAUUGCAGGCAUUGGGAAUGGUGAGUUGCAAAGCUUGGAGUUAGACCCUGAGGAGGAAACGCCACCUGUUGUUAUCUCUACUGGCACCCAAAUGGAUCAUCUGCGUCAGUGCGCACAGGCCAGGAACAUUGUGGCCACUGGCGGCAAGGAGCGACAAAAUAAUCUGAAAGUCUACGACCUGAGCUCCGACGCCAAGCAGAUCUUUACCUCCAAGAACUUGCCCAACGAUUAUCUGCAGCUGGAGGUGCCUGUUUGGGACAGUGACAUUGGCUUUGUGGACGGGCCCAGUGUCCUGGCGACGUGCUCGCGUCACGGAUAUGUUCGCCUCUACGACACCCGCAAGCAGCGCCGUCCUGUCUCCUGCUUUGCCAGUGAGGAGCACGGAAUGAGCUUCGCGGCUCUGGUGGCACGGGGCAACUACAUCUACACGGGCACUACGAUGGGCGCCCUGAAGGCCUUCGACACGCGACGCAUGAAAACUCACGUCCAUACGUACAAGGGAUUCACUGGGGGCAUAAGUGACCUGCACUUGGAUCCCACUGGACGUUUCUUGAGCUCUGCCAGCUUGGACCGCUAUGUGCGCGUCCACGACGCUGACUCUACAGUGCUGCUCUACCAGUGCUACGUUAAGUCGAAGGCCACCAAGAUCCUCAUCCGUCAACUGAAGGAGGAGAAGCCAGAGGUUGAUGCUGCAGUAGAGGAGGAGGAGGAGGAAGUGGAUGAUAUAGUGCCACAAAAGCCCAGUAUCAAGACAGCCCCUGUGGACGAUGAGUACGAGGAUAUGUUUGAGCAAAUGCAGACUGUGGGCGACAGCGAAGAGGAAUCUGGAGCAGAAGAUGAAGCUGAAGCGACUGCCAAGGUGGAAGGAGCCAAGCAAAAGCGCAAGGGAGCGAACCAGUCGCAGAAGACGAAAAAGAAGAAAGUGUAAAUAAUGUAUGCAUCCAUUUACUCGUUAAUGUUUAGAUUAAAGUUAUAUAUUAAAACGUAGUAAUACAAAGCGACG